AUGUCGGACGACCACUCCUCGACACCCCGCUCCGCACUCGCGGAGAUCUCUCCAGGCCAGCCCUCCUCCUGCAGGGCCGGCGGCGGCGCGCGUUUGGCGUCCGCCGCGUGCACUCCCGACUUCACCACCCGCUACUCUGACGGUGGCACCGCCGUCGCGGGAUACUCUCCGUUUGGCUGCUGCUCGCCGCCGUCGCCGUUUGCGGGCGGCACUCAGAUUCAGUUUGGCGGCACGCAGUCGGAGGAUGACGAGACCGAAGCAGCCGCGACGCAGCUCCUCGGCGGCACACAGCACGAGCCCCUCGAGGAGUUCGUUACACACAAUGGGACCGCCCGUCCUCCUCAAUUCGAUUAUCGGGACCCCCGGGGUCGUUACAUGCGCCUCGUCACUCCGUUCUUCGAGGCGGUCGAGGCGGGCGACCUCGACGGCUGCGUCGCGUUGCGUCGCGCGGGCGCGUCGGUGAGCGCCGCCGACCGCCAGCGUCUUCGCCGGUCUUCGCCCGUCGCCCCCCGUCGGUCGGCAACCGCCUCCGAAAGCCCGAAGUAA